UUAUAGGCUUACGGUGAAACAGAAACAGGUGCUGGUUCAGAUGUUAAUGCUUUAAAAACAAAAGCCGUAAAAAAAGGUGAUGAAUAUAUCAUCAAUGGUCAGAAAAUGUGGAUAACCAAUGGUGGUGUAGCCAAUUGGUACUUUGUGUUAGCGCGAACUGAUCUCGACCCUAAAGCACCAGCGAAUAAAGCGUUCACUGGCUUUAUUGUUGAUGCGGAUACACCAGGACUUACUCCUGGACGAAAAGAAUUAAAUAUGGGUCAAAAAGCUUCAGAUACUAGAGGAAUAACAUUUGAUGAUGUUCGUGUACCAAAAGAAAAUGUUUUAAUUGGUGAAGGUCAAGGAUUUAAAAUUGUCAUGUCAACAUUUGAUAUAAGUAGACCAUCAUUUGCUGCUGGAGCUGUUGGCUUUGCUCAACGGGCAAUGGAUGAAGUUGCCAAAUAUUCUCUAGAAAGAAAAGCAUUUGGAGUUCCUAUUGCUCAUCACCAGGCUGUUGCUUUUAUGUUGGCUGACAUGGCUAUUGGUAUUGAAGCUGCUCGUCUUACGUACAUGAAAGCAGCUUUUGAAGUUGAUCAAGGACGACGCAAUUCAUAUUAUGCAUCUAUAACCAAAGCCCACGCAGCAGAUGUUGCAAAUAAAUGUGCCACUGAUGCUGUACAAAUUUUUGGUGGAAACGGUUUCAAUACAGAAUAUCCUGUUGAAAAAUUAAUGAGAGAUGCUAAAAUAUAUCAAAUUUAUGAAGGUACCUCAGAAAUUCAACGAAUAAUGAUUUCAAGAGCCAUCAUUAAUAAUGCCAAACAAAAUGUAUAA